AUGGCACAUUACAAAGGAGCUGCCAGUGAAGCUGGCCGUGCUAUGCAAUUGAUGAAAAAACGGGAGCUUGCUCAAGCUGAAAUUGAGUUACGUAAGAAAAAAAUUGAAGAAGAAAUGAAACUGUCAAAUAUAGAAAAUAAGUUUGCCAAACAUUAUGAUUCUUUGGAGGCACAGCUCAAGAGCUCGACUAUUGGUUUGGUGACCCUAGAUGAAAUGAAAGCUAAACAAGAGACGGUUGUCCAAGAAAGAGCUAAGAGAUUAGUACAAAAAGAAAAAGAAGUGGAAUUUGAAAAGCAAAGACAAUUAGAGGCAAAACUAGAAGAAAAACGAAGACAGCAACGGAAGAUUAAAGCGUUGUCAUUUAUUGAAGAUAUGUCUGAAGAAAGCGAAGUGGAAGAAGAAGACGAAGAAGAGGCAGAAGAAGAACCUAGCUUUCAACCUUUGCCUAAAAAAAUCAAAAAAAAUCCAGAUGUUGAUACUAGCUUUUUACCAGAUCGUGCCAGAGAAUCUGAAGAGAAUUGUUUACGAGAAACAUUAAGACAAGAAUGGACCGAUAAACAAAAAUGCUUAAAAGAAGAAGAAAUAAGUAUCACAUUCAGUUACUGGGAUGGUUCAGGUCAUAGACGUACAAUUGUUAUGAAAAAGGGUAAUACAAUUUAUCAAUUUUUACAAAAAGCACUAGAACAACUACGUCGUGAUUUUGGAGAGCUUAAAACUAUAAUGGCUGACCAAUUAAUGUAUGUUAAAGAAGAUUUGAUAUUACCACACCAUUAUUCGUUUUAUGAUUUCAUUGUUGCUAAAGCAAGAGGUAAAAGUGGUCCACUGUUCACAUUUGGUGUUCAUGAUGAUAUACGAAUGGUUAGUGAUGCUAGUUUAGAGAAAGAAGACUCCCAUGCAGGGAAAGUGUUAUUGAGAAAUUGGUAUGAAAGGAACAAACAUAUUUUUCCUGCUAGUCGAUGGGAACCAUUUGAUCCUUUAAAGACAUUUGCCAAAUACACAAUUAAAGACAAAACACAGAAACAUGAAGCAACACAAAAAAACUAA